CUUGAAAAUUGUAACUACAAUUAUGGAACGGUAUAAGAAAGAAUUACGUUUUUUUGUACACUAUUUUUAAACAGCAUGAAGUUCCCCCAUUGCGUCGAUCUCCUACCAUACCUUCAUAACCAACCAGGCAACCAAUAACAAUAAUUAUUCUUCAACUAAAAACAGACCAAAAAAUGAAAACUAAUUCAAUACAAAACAAAACUAUCUAGUAAUCUAGUUCAAGAAAAAAUUGUCCAACCCUUUUCCUUGAUCGAAACGAAACGGAGAAAAAACAAAUCCAAACAUCCAUUGUGACCAUUAGCCAAAAAAUUUGAAGGGAAAAAACCAAACAAACUAAAUUUACAUUGCAGCCAAUAAUAAUUUUAAUUUCAAUAUUAAUUAAUUCGAAGUAGUAGUAGUAAUAAUAGUGAUCAUAAUCAUAAUAAAUAAUCAUUGCCUUCGCCGUCCGUCGGAAUACUGCGAGAGCGGGACCACCUCCGACAGAGGCGUGGACAUCGGUGUCGGCAAUGGCGAAUUCCGGCAAACGGGGCAGGACGGGUUGAGCUUCAGCCACGCGUCGACGCACGUGACGUGGAAGUAAUGCCGGCAGUCCGGCAACAUCCUGAGCAUCUCCGAAUCCUUGUACUCGCACAGGCAUAUGGAACACAAGCUGUCGUUUCCCGGAUUCGAGCUCCUCUUCGAGUACACGAGUUUCGGGUACGAAUUGAUCACCGCCUGAUCGAGCCCGACGGCGCCGCUCUGCGCCGCGGCGCCGUCGUCCUCCUCGGCGGAGAAGAUUAUGCGGGGGAGGUAGACCCCGUGCUCGUUGGGGUUGGCGUUGCGGCGGCCGGACUCUGCAUCGCGGCGGCGGCGGCGGACGGCGGCGGAGCGGCAGCAGACGUAGGAGGCCAGAAGGACGGUGGAGAAGAGGACGAGGAAGCCGAAGGCGAUGGCGAUGGCGUAGCCGAGGCCGAUGGUGGUGAUGUUGGUGGAGAUGGAGUUGGAGGCAGGCGGCGGCGGCAGGGGAGGCGUCAGAGGAGGCGGAGGGGCGGGGGGAGGAGGAGGGGAAGAGGCGGCGGACAUUGGGAGAGGGCUGGAAGGGCGAAAUGGUCCAUUUGAAAAGAGGAAAAGAGGAAGAUGAAGUAGUGGUGGGUGGGGCGUUUAGCUGCAGCAUUUAAUAGUUGUUCGGAAAGCAGAGAAGCUCAUUUAUGAUCAUCA